AUGGGUUUUUUAGAUCCAGCUUCAACAGAAGAUGAUCUAAGAACUGGAACUAAUGUUGAAAUCCCUUUGUGGUUAGCCGAAUCAUUAUAUUCUCGUAGACCGCCUUUGGUCAGCGUUGAUUUACCAAAGAUUUAUAAGGAAGCAUAUAGAGAGAUAUUAAAUGCAGAUGCUUGUACAGUAGAUUUACACAAAUUAGGACAGCAUUUUUAUGAUUUAGGGUGUUAUGUAGCAAAACAUGAUAUAAAAGGUGAAGUGGGAAAUACAUUAGUUAAUACGUUCAAGCAAAGGUUUCGGAUGAUAUUAUCUGCUAGCACAUCAACUGAUUCAAUUAGCUCUUUGCAACCACUUUCAAACAGUGAAAGGAUACGCACAGCUAAUGCAGCCACCACAGAAAAAGCAUUGUCACUUUGGCUCAAACGAGGAGACUGUCCAUUGAGUACUGCUAAUAUGGUAGCCAGCCAUAGGAAACGAAAAAGAGCUGAAAUGGAAAUGGUC